UAAAUAAAUCCGCUCAUGUUCCUGUGUCGAAACAACAGUUGAGGAAAGACAGCUUGGUCGUUUUAACCAGCAGAAGUGUCGGCUGUAUGCCCUUCGUAACCUUUCGUCGGUAACUUUAUAUUGCGUCAUUUCGUAGUCUGCGAGGCGAAAAAUUUAGCACUUUUUUAAAUGAGUUCAGUUGUAAGAGGUGCUUCAGUGAACCUUAGCCUAGCCUAAAGCAGUGAGCCCCUGAACGGAGAGUUAAGACAGGGUUUACAUAUUUACUUUACUUCACCAGAGUUUUUGCAAAUAAAGGUGCGUUUCCGCAUCCGUACAUGGAGGCACUUGGAGCCCUAGGGAACCUACUCGGAUGCUGUGCUGUCGCAGGGCUUUGUGGGUUUGUGUUUGCAGCCUACAAAUGUGGCUUACUUUACCAGUUGUUUCACAAGGCGGAGACAAAAAGCCCACGGAAUGGUGGUGAAAGUGUGGCAGAGGUCCUCCGAGCACAUGGAGUCAAGUAUGUUUUCACCCUUGUUGGUGGACACAUCUCACCAAUCUUGGUGGCCUGUGAGAAAGUGGGAAUCCGCAUUGUGGACACAAGACAUGAGGCCACAGCUGUCUUUGCUGCGGACGCUGUAGCACGGCUCUCAGGUACUGUUGGUGUAGCAGCAGUGACUGCUGGUCCAGGCCUAACUAACACUGUGACAGCAAUGAAGAAUGCUCAGAUGGCCGAGUCUCCUCUGCUGCUCAUUGGUGGAGCUGCUGGUACACUUCUUCAGGGUAGGGGAGCACUGCAAGAUAUUGAUCAGAUGUCUCUCUUCAAGCCGCUGUGUAAGUUCUGUGCUUCUAUCAGGACUAUCAGGGAGAUUGUGCCUACAGUCAGAAAAGCCCUGGCAAUCGCUCAGUCUGGAACCCCUGGUCCUGUUUUCAUCGAGUUUCCUAUUGACACGUUAUACCCCUUCCACCUGGUGUCCCAAGAGUUUGCUGUUAAGAAUCCUCCCAAAGGUCUGGUGGGAAAAAUUGUCAAUUGGUAUCUCAAUAACCACCUCAUGAACCUGUUUGCCGGGGCAUGGGAGACUAGAGAUGUGUCUCCACUUCCUGUUGACAUCCCACAAGCGACAGAUGACCAGGUCCAAAAAUGCAUAGAGCUUGUGAGUCGAGCCAAGAAACCUGUUAUUCUAAUGGGUAGCCAAUCAACACUGCCACCAACACCAGUUGAUGACAUAAGGAAGGCACUGGAAGAUCUGGGCAUCCCUUGCUUCCUUGGAGGCAUGUCCCGCGGCAUGCUGGGAAAAGACAAUCCCAUCCACAUCAGACAGAACAGGCGAGAAGCUCUGAAGGAGGCUGACUUAGUUCUCUUGGCAGGCGCUGUGUGCGAUUUCCGGCUGAGCUAUGGCAGAGUUCUGAGCAGACGCAGUAAAAUUAUUGCUGUCAACAGAGAUAAGACACAGCUGCUGAAAAACUCAGAUAUAUUCUGGAAACCAACUUUGGCCAUCCAAGGUGACAUUGGUUCAUUCAUAGUGCGUCUCUCCAAAGGCCUGAAAGGCCAUCGGUGUCCAGUAGAAUGGCCACAGAGCCUCAAAGCACAAGAUGCAACCAAAGAAAAAGCAAACAGGUCUAAAGCUGAUGAGAAGACUGAACACCAUUUGAAUCCCUUGAAAGUCCUUCAUUGUGUGGAUGAGCUGAUGGCAGAGGACAGCAUUAUUGUUGCAGAUGGGGGUGAUUUUGUAGGAAGUGCUGCUUACAUUAUGAAACCAAGAGGACCCCUGCGCUGGCUAGAUCCAGGAGCCUUUGGGACUUUGGGAGUAGGUGGGGGAUUUGCUUUGGGAGCAAAACUGUGCCGGCCUGAAUCUGAGGUGUGGAUAGUCUAUGGAGAUGGUUCUUUAGGAUACAGUGUUGCAGAGUUUGACACAUUCACUAGAUUCAAGACACCAGUUAUUGCUCUGGUGGGAAAUGAUGCAUGUUGGAGUCAGAUCGCUAGAGAACAAGUUCCCAUGCUUGGUAGCAACGUGGCCUGUGGUCUGGCAUUUACAGAUUAUCAUGUAGUGGCAGAUGGUUUUGGUGGUAAAGGCUUCCUUAUAGGACGUCAGGAUGAAGACAGGAUGAGUGACAUCAUUAAACAGGCACAGAAGGAGGCCCGGGAAGGAAAGGCUACACUUAUAAAUGUUCUUAUAGGGAAGACUAACUUCAGAGAGGGCUCUAUCUCCGUAUAGUACAAGCAGUAAAUUGCUCUACCAUCUCUUCAGCCUCCUGUGUAAGUUUAGGGUGGGUUUCAAUGAAGACGAUACCGUUGGAUACUGUAAAGGGCCCUGCCCUCACCACGUCUUCUGCUUAUCUUUUGUGCCCUUUAAGCCAUAUUUGACUUUGAUAAGAGGAAAUGAAUUUGGAAAGUGUUAAUUUACUGCAGGAGGUCAUUAUCAGUCAGCUGAGAGCGCUUGCUUCUCUUGUCAUACAUGUAAUGAAUCUGCAAACGCUUGAAGCAAGUAAUCAGUUAUUGUGAAUGGACUACUAAAAGGAUGAAGUUAUUAUUAUUAUUAUUAUUAUUAUUAUUAUUAUUAAAAAGAAGAAGGGAAACAUGGAAAAGUAAGGAAUGUUUUUAUUAUAAAGAUAUUCCUAUCUGUAAGAGCUAAGUUUCAUAUAUUUUACCUUAAACAGCCUGUUGUAAUUUCAAACCGUCAUCCACAUAAACCAGUCACUAAAUUUGUUUCUGCUCAAGAGCGACCUUUGGCUUGCUAACUGUGACCACUAUGCCUUUUUCUCCUUAACAAAGCCAAAAAAUACAAUAAAUGUUGCAGUCUUAUUGCUGUAAUAUUUGCUGUUUCAUGAAUUGGGUUAAAAAUGAUGCACAAAACAAUCUUCCUGAAUGUUAAUAAUUACAAAAUGUAUGCCUUUUUAAUGUCUGUGUCUUCAAAUUUAUUAAUAUAUAAAACUACGUGUCGACUUUUGUUCUUUCGAGAUACUAAACACUAAGGUGAACGAAGUGAUGUUGGUCGUCAAUGAAAGCGACUUGACAAAUGAUGUAUUGCACUGUAAUUAGAAUUAUUCACUAACUUGAUGAACACAAACAUGGAUCAGACUUAAGGGAAUCUGAUCGUCAAUUCUCAAACUGUAAAAACAAAAAUGAUGAGUGGAGUUUUAAAUGAUCAAAGUGACAUCUUUGGGAAGCUCAUUUUGUAUUUCCUUGAUUUUACAGAUUCCAGACUAUUUUUAAUAACUGUGUUAAUGACAUUAAAAUGCUGUAACUACAACUUUAAUUAUAUUCAGCCCUGUACGCAGAAGCAGCAGCACAUAGAUCAGUAUGUAUAUUGAAGAUUGGAUCUCAUUUUAGUUGCACCUGUUGUGGUACAUUUCAUUGUUGCAGUGUGUGACUUCAUGACUUUAUCUACUGUGCCGCCUUUCUCCUGUUUUUAGCAACACUGCAAAGCAUACUUAUGAAUGCAACCCUACACCUGUACUUACAGAAGAAGCGUCCUGCAAAACAGUCUGAUGAAACAGCAGAAAUAAAUAAUUCAAUCAACUCU